AUGGCCGCGUUGCUUCGGUUUGCCGCGAGGAAGGUCUGCGGCCAUGCCGGCCUUGAGCGGCCACUGCAGGGCAGUUUCAUGGCGGCCAGGUCGAUCGCCGUCGUCAAGGAGGAGGAGCCGCGGAAGCUGCCGUGGACUAUUUUCCAUGGCAGGCUGCGCUCACUCCAGUGGUUCAGCAGCACCCCUGAAUCACCAUACGAUCCUCUCACCAACAAUCACAAGCACUUCCCUGUGAGCCUCGGCACACGAGGAUUGGAGGAGAAGCGGCAGGAGUUGCUCCGUUUGCUCCGCGAGAUGGACGAUCUUCAAGCUGAGAGAUGCACCAUGGAGAUCAAGAAGAACACCAAGCUGCUCCAGUUGCUUGGGCGACCCCCUUCAAAACCAUGGUCAGCUGAAGAUUUCAAACGACACUUUGGCGUUUAUCACUUUCAGGACUUUAUACUAUCCCUUCCGGCUAUGGCAUGUGCAGUCCUUCACUUUGUCGUUAUCUCUAUGAUGACUAUCUUUAUCUUGCUUUCGCCCUUCUUCUUACUUUAUGAGUACUGUACAUCUACAUCUAGGACCGGCCAGAAAUAUAAGGAGCAUACACUUUCCGAGAAAGAUUUAGCUGCGACCAAGGAGUAG